AUGACAGAGAAGUUAAAUGAUCUGACAGAUUAUAAGGCAGCGCUCGCCCAGCCCUCGGCCACGCCAUGGCCCGUCUCAGAGCUCGCCGACAUCUACUCGGCCCUUACUCUGCACGAUGAUGAGGUGACUGCAAAGGCUCUGGCCGAUGUCAACACUGGGAGCCUCAUUUGCAGUGUAGGGGCUGGUGGACCUGCCCCAGCAGCUAGUGCUGCCCCCUCCACGGCUGCUGCACCAGCUGAGGAGAAGAAAGUGGAAGCGAAGAAAGAAGAGUCUGAGGAGUCUGAUGCUGACAUGGGCUUUGGUCUUUUUGACUAAAUCUUUUGUAACACAUUCAAUAAAAAGCUGA